AUGGUUUUUUACGAGCCAGGUGUCACUGAUCAUAACCUUCCCCGAGAUCCAUUCAAAGCUUGUGUUGUACCUAGACCUAUUGGUUGGAUCUCGACCCGAUCACAAGAUGGUAAAGAUAAUCUUGCACCGUAUAGUCAAUUCAACAACCUGACUUUCGACCCACCAUAUAUCAUGUUUUCAGCCAAUCAAACAGACGCUAACGUUCGAAAAGAUACCACUAUGAAUGUUGAACAAACUGGUUCUUUCGUAUGGAAUAUGGCCACUUGGGACCUCCGAGAAGCUGUGAAUAUUACAUCUGAACAAGUUGCAUACGGUGUUGAUGAAUUUAUAAAAGCUGGUCUCUCGAAGAUUCCCUCAACAAAUCUCAAGCAUGUAGUUCCCAUGGUUGGAGAGUCACCAAUCAGGUUCGAAUGCACUUACCAUUCGACUUUGAGAUUGCCGGGAAACCCUCCUAUGGGGACUGUAGAUAUUAUCAUUGCGAAGGUUGUUGGAGUUCAUAUCUCGGACACAGUCCUCACAGAUGGACUAAUCGACUUGAGUAAGGUUCAGCCCAUCGCAAGAUGUGGCUAUUAUAGCUAUGCCGUGGUGCGGGAAACAUUUGAGAUGCAACCUCCACUUGGAAAAUGGUCCUAUGGGCUGGAAGGAAAUGCAGCGAGUAAUGCAAAGGCGAAUCGUGAGCAGACUAAGACUGAAGAUUAG